UACAUGCUACAAAGACAUCAAGGGAUGUGGAUAGCAAAAGCCCAUCUAGAAAAAGACCUGUGCGCACUAGUUGCUGUGCAUCACGUUGGAAAGGCUGUCUUUAUAAUAUGAACAUAUCUCCCAGAGUCUACGCCUAAUUGGGACACCUUACUAUUGGAUUUUACUUUGCUUUUGAUAAGCCUACCGUCCAAGAGACAAACAUGUAAACAGAACAAAACAUCUUAAUAAACUUUGCAAUAAUGGGAAAUAAUAAACAAAUGAACAAGGAACAGAUGAGGAGCCAACCAGUCACUUCACCGAUGUCUGGUACUGGAUAAUAAGCAGUGUUUUUAGGCUCCAGGUGAAACACACUAUGCAAACAGAGCGACGGAGCAUCCUAUAGUUCCAACAUUUUCGUUUCACAAAAGUACACAGAACUACGUAGAAAACGGAGUUGUGUAAGGAGGCGAGUUUACGCAUGAAUGAUGGAGGACCUUCUGCGAGACCAAGACUUGUGGGCAAUUAUAAAUGAUUCAUGGACCAACUCGAGUCGCGGUGGAAACGAGACCAGUACUGGGAACCAGUCCAUCGUGAACCCCUUGAAGCGGAACGAGGAGGUGGCCAAAGUGGAGGUGACCGUUCUUGUCCUAGUUCUGCUGCUCGCGUUGGUCGGUAACAUUUGCGUCCUUUUGGCUAUACAUACGAGCAAGCACAGCCACUCUCGGAUGUAUUACUUCAUGAAACACCUCAGUAUUGCGGACUUGGUGGUGGCAAUCUUUCAGGUCCUCCCGCAGCUUAUAUGGGACAUUACAUUCCGCUUCUACGGGCCGGACUUACUGUGCAGGCUGGUGAAGUACCUACAGGUUGUCGGGAUGUUCGGGUCGACCUACAUGCUUGUUCUAAUGUCCAUAGACAGAUGCUUGGCGAUAUGUCAGCCGCUUCGCUCUCUGCACAAGAGGAAGGACCGUUUUUAUGUGAUUGCCUCUUGGAUGCUUAGUCUGAUUUUCAGUACCCCUCAAGUGUAUAUAUUUUCGUUGAGGGAGGUGGGCAACGGAGUUUAUGACUGUUGGGGAGACUUCGUACAACCCUGGGGCGCCAAGGCGUACAUUACAUGGAUUAGUCUUACAAUCUACAUAAUUCCAGUGGCUAUCCUAAGUCUUUGCUAUGGCCUGAUAAGUUUUAAAAUAUGGCAAAACUUUAAAAUGAAAACCAGACGGGAUCAGUGUACGUCUCUGACGCCGCGGGAGUACAAAGGCGCAGCGCUCUCUCGAGUGAGCAGCGUGAAGCUCAUAUCAAAAGCGAAGAUCCGAACUGUCAAAAUGACUUUUGUCAUAGUCCUAGCUUAUAUUGUUUGCUGGACUCCUUUUUUCUUCGUACAAAUGUGGUCGGCAUGGGAUCCUGCUGCACCCAGAGAAGAUGUGGCGUUUAUCAUUGCCAUGCUACUGGCCAGCCUGAACAGCUGCUGUAACCCGUGGAUCUAUAUGUUCUUCGCUGGCCACCUGUUUCACGACCUGAUGAGGUGCUUCGUCUGCUGCUCCUCACAGUACCUGAAGGCCUCACGGUGUGGAGGAUUUGACCACCAGCAGAGCCGCAGGAGCAUUUCCACCUACGUCGUCAAGGACCAUAGCAGUCAGAGGAGCGUCACUCAGACCUCCAGCACAUGAGGAGUGAGGACCAGGGAGGAGAUGAGUUGGGGUGAGACAGGUUCUCCCAACCCCGAAAGCCAUUCUUUAUACCAGUCAGAGGAGUAUCACACAGCCCUUCAGUUCAUAAGGACCAAGGGAACACCAGAAGAGGCCUGGUGUGAGGUACUCUCUAACCUUCAAUGACCUUCUCCAUCGUACAGACUCUGGAGGAGUACCAUGAGAGGAGAGGGGGUUGGUCGGGGACCCUCUACCCCCUAAUGGACUUAAGCCCUAUUCGCACUGGACUAGUAUUACUAUAGAACGUCAGUUAUGUAAUUAUAACCCUAGAAUGUCUGUUUUUCCAGUGGAUGAUUCAGACAGGAUUAGUUUUACCAUCUGCCCCCUGUAUUUUUUUUCCUUAUUCAUAUGAUGGAAGCCUGGAGGCUGUUCUAGGCAUGAAGAUAUUUAAACUCGUCUAGCGAUGGGUCUCUUCAGGGUAUCUGGCCACCCUCAGUUCGAAAGUCAAAAUAAUAUCAAUAAGAACCAUGAAAUGUGUACAGAUAUCUAAUUAACUAACAUUUUUGACAAUUUAUUAUUGAAUGGGCACAAUAUCAUCUGGGCAUAGGGAAAGUUGAUAUAUGACAAAACAGGUCAUUCAUUUGUAGGCUACGUGCAUAGCACUUUGUUUAAAGCAUCAAUUUGUUCCCAUGUUCUUCCCAAACUGUGUGCAGUACCUAUUAAACUCUGUAAUAUCCCUUAAAACACAGGAAUGUCGAUUCACACGGGAUAUGUAGAUUUUUGGUGUUGGAAUAAUAACCUCCCCACCAAGUAAAAAUGACUGGCAUGGCAGAUUCAGAUGGGACUAAAUUUAUGUUGUUUUGUACUCGUGCAUUUAAUUACAUUACCCUAUCUCCCCCAGUGAAACGAAUCCUGUCUGAAUAGGGCUUUAGACUUUCACCACACAGACCUUCACCACACAGACCUUCACCACACAUACCUUCACCAUCAUCCAGGGAAGUGGAGUUUGCCUGGGCCAGGUACCAGCCAGAGGAGCAUCACACAGAUCUCCAGCACAUGAUGACCAUGGAGAGAGGUUGAGUUGGGUAUUCUCUAAACCUAAUAGACCUUCUUCAUGUAAGGUUGGAGGUGGGACAGGUACUCUCUAAUCAAGACAUUCAUCCAAGGCCGCAGAGUUGGGUUGGACAGGUACCCUGUAAGCCAAAAAGAGACCUUCUGCGUGCAAAGAUCUGCAGUGGGGUUGGCCAGGUACUCUCUAUUCCUGACACAAACCUCCAUCGUGUAAAGAACAGGAGUGGGUGGGCAGAUACCCUGUAAGAAACCUUGAAAGAGACCCUCAACAUUUAAGGGACAGGACUGGGGUGGCCAGAUAACCUGAAAUAUACAUUAAAAAAGACUUUAAACAUUUAAGGGACAUGACUGGGGUGGCCAGAUAACCUGAAAGAUAUCUUAAAAGAGACCCUCAACGUUUAAGGGACAGGACUGGGGUGGCCAGAUAACCUGAAAGAUAUCAUUAAAAAAGACUUUAAACAUUUAAGGGACAGGACUGGGGUGGCCAGAUAACCUGAAAGAUACAUUAAAAAAGACUUUAAACAUUUAAGGGACAGGACUGGGGUGGCCAGAUAACCUGAAAGAUACAUUAAAAAAGACUUUAAACAUUUAAGGGACAGGACUGGGGUGGCCAGAUAACC